AUGCACAAGUCGACUGAGCUUGGACGAGCAGUCCUCUCGACAUCAACAGCGAACCUUGAGCUUUGGCUCAGAACUUUGAUCACAGUCUCACCUCAACAGCACUGCACUAACCUCGAGCAGCACGAUGCAACUUCUCUGCUCAGCCUGUUAUCAUCUGGUGAAGUAUGGGUGGGCCGUGGGAAUGGACUGUAUAUCGAUCUUGACAUUACCUUCAAAGGCCAGCCUCUUGCUGACGAGCAGCUUCGACAACUUUCUGAGGCCAUUCUCGAUGCGCCGGUGUGGGAUCAGCUAGAUUUGCAACUAUCAUUACCAUAUGACACUACCCAUGAGCCAGGAAAGUUGCGGAUUGCGGUCAAUCACUCAAGUGAGCGCGCAGCACCUACUGCGAGACCACGUCAUCAAGUUCUAUCAAACAUUUGCGCCGCCGACGUGCGACCGCCUGAGGGAGUGUCUGCUUUCUUUCUCGACUCGGUGCUCCUUUCUGCAGACAUCUUCGAGCUCGUUCAGCGGAGAAAAGUCACAACAGCUAAGCGAUUAAAAACCUCGACAGACAGUAACGGUGUACCGCGAUCAACAACCGGCCAAGCGGCCGAUGACACUGAGAAAGAAGCUCCUGAUGAGCUUCUGCUGGAUGCCAACGAGAUAACCUCCUCGCGCGCAUCACUGCCCACCCUGAAAAGAAUACGAUCGCCAGCCUCAUCUCUAGAAAGGGCAGCUUCCUUGCCAGCCACUCCACCAGGCGAAGCCCAUCAGAAUUGUCGACUUACCUUGGAGGCCUCUGAUUCACAAAACGGGGCACCUAACCCGAAGACAAGCCUCGACAUUGCAAACUUACAGACGCUGAUCGAUGGAGCGCUACGACUGUCGGUCGUCAGUAGCAUCAAUAGUAAGAUGCUUCCUGGAGUCAAAGUCAAGGCAAAUACGUUUGGACCAGGUCUUGCAGAUGUCGCGCCUACACUGUGGAAACCAGGUUAUUCAUUGUCCUUGUGCCAGAGAGCGAAUCUGCUACCCAUCAUCAGCCGAUCUCUCUGUCAACCAGCCGUUACUGGGAAGACUAUUUCAACAUCCCUAGAAAAGAAACUGUCAGCAUUGACGGCCCCCUUGUGGUCCCUUCAAACAGCCGGCCGGACACUGGAUCGAGAGCCAGCAAGUGCUGUAGAUGGAAGCCAUCUGGCUUCAUGCAUCGCCCCUCGGCUCUGGCUACAUUUGCAAACAAACACGCCUUGCAAAUCAGCGACUCCACUGCAGUCCUUUGUAACCGCAGAGCCACAAACAACAUCGCACUUCCAGUCUGACGAUAUGCUAGAGGAGUCGCGGCAUGAGGAUGGAAAGAACCACAGAUCUAGGCCCAGCGCAGUGGGUCCUGACGGGGGCGGGGCGUCCGAUGCUGAUCAAGUCCUCGAGGAUGACCCUGCAGCCCCAGCGACUUGCGAUGGAAUUCCGUCAGAGCAGCAUCUCCUCGGGGCAGAGGCCACUCCUGACCACAUUUUGGAAGCCGUCGACGAUGAAUUACUCCUCGGAGACGAGUGUUUCGAGCCCCUGAGUCCCAUCACCUGUCGCGGCAACGAAAUUUCGUAAAGCCAGUUCCUUCGGACCUCGAGUUUUAAAUUCCAUCACAUGUGCGCGGAGCAAGCCGUCUCCGCUCAGCAUGCACCAAAGCUGUCACGAAUCUCUGCUCCGCGCUCGACCCGAGCUAGGCUAGAGAACGUGG